GGAGAUAGCCAAGGCUGCCUUUGAAGCGGCGAAGCGCCCAGCUCAGACUCGAGUCGCGAGUCCUUAAUGAGUGUUUGCGUAGCGCUUGGUGCUCUCCUGGAUGAAAGGCUUUACAUAAUUGGCCAUGGUAAUUGUCUGUCACCCUUUGAGAAGAGCCAAGAAAAUACACGCGAGAAAUGCCGUUCUCAUGAGUGCACAAGGAACCUACUGGACUGUAAUGUCUAACCCUACAUGGAAUAGCAACUCUUGGAAGUGCUCAGGCUGUACCCAACUCUGUGCACAACUAACAAGUCAGCUGAAGCACCUACUGAUCAGGAUCAGCCUCGGUACAGAAACGCACCGUGGCACGUAAAAGGCAUUUCCAGGUGCCAGAGACACGGAGAAGCCCUGUGGGGGCAAAGAAGGUGGAUGGGGAAGCCUGGCGUGUGAGCCAGGAUGGACUGGCUGUAACGGCGUGCCUUAGCUGGAGAGGUAGUUAGGAUGAAGAGUUCCUGCAGAGCUGGCCUCCACAGGGAACCACUCAGUUCCACGUCCUCCACCUGCCAUCAAGUCAAACGGGUUUCUGGUAUGCACUUAAAGCCAUAUCUCAAGUUGCAGAAGAAAGAGCGAUCUCCAGAGCUGAGCCAGGACUCCCUGAGGGGCCCACCUCUGAGCCACCAGAGAUCAACACAGGGAGAAGACUACAGCAACCCCUGCACCAAACUGAGCGUUUUCCCCAAACCCUCCCUCGUGACUCCAUCUGAAAGGCUGCUGGGGAUUAUUUAUCCAAAUACUAUGUGCAAUAUGAAUGGGAAGGGUCCGGCAGAUGGUCCGAGUGCAAGGGAGAAGAAGAACGCCCUGUCUGCAACCAUCCACCAGGGAGAAGAAGGGGAAGGGCCUCUGGAUGUCUGGGCUGUAGUGAAACCUGGCAACACCAAGGAGAAGAUCGCCUUCUUCGCUGCCCAGCAGGGGGGCGGGGGCCGGCCGGGCUCCAUGAAGAUCAAGAGCAGCUGGGACAUCGACGGGAGGACAGCCAAGCGCAGGAAAAAAUCGGUAGACCUCAAAAAAGCCAAAAUCCAGCUGGAGCGAAUGAGGGAGGUGAGCUCCCGCUGCUCCCAGCCGGAGCCUUUUGCCUGUGGCAUCGAGCACUGCUCGGUGCACUACGCGAACGACGGCGGCGAGAGCGUGUUGGCGGGCCGGUCCCUCUCGGUGAUAGAGAUGGUAGCCUUCCUGGAGCAGCGAGCCAGCGCUCUGCUGGUGGACUGCGCCAAGACCUGCGCGCCCGCCUCCACCACCCGCCUGAGCGCUCAGCCCAGGGGUGCGCUGCCCGGCGCAGACCCCUUCGCCGCCGCCGCCGCCGCCGGGGCGGGCGAGCUGUGCGCCGAGAGGGCACCCUGCGGCGUGGGCGAGCAGCAGCAGGGCGAGCCUGUGCGUGUGCUGGACAUGGUGGCCAGGCUGGAGUCGGAGUGCCUGAAGCGGCAGAGCGAGCGGGAGGCAGGCGGCAGCCUCUCUCGGAACAACAGCUUCCGCAGGAACGUCGGCAGGGUGCUCCUGGCCAGCGGCACCCAGCCGGAGGGCGAGGUGGGCAAGGUGUCCUCGGGGGUCUUGGCGCCCGGAGAUGGCUCGGAGGAGGCAGGGGUAGCCGAGGCUGGAUACGGAGGGCGGUGCGGCCCUCUGGGUGACAGCGAGCCGUGGGACGGCGCUGCCUCUGCCCGGCAGCCUUUUCCCCCUGCGCUGGAUCCGCGGGUGGGGGAUGUGCGUGCGGGACUGGCUCAUGCAGUGCUGGCCAUCGCGGCUGGCAGGAGUGAUUCUGAAACCCACCUCGAGCCUCCCAGACCUCUGCCGCCUGCCUGCCCGGCUGCUGCCAGGCUGCCGCCGGCUCCCUCGCAGAGCAAGAACGCGGCUGCUGAUUGUACGCCGAAGGAGCCUGUCCUCUUCCCGAAGCAGGGGCUGCACCCUGCCAGGAAGGAGCCCUUAUGCAUCAGUAUAGCAGUCACCAAAACCGAGAAGGGCUGCAGGAAGGAGAAGCUCUCCAGCUCCAGCGAAGACCCCCUCCCGGGGAGGCUGUUUUUCCUCCAGGCCGACCAGCCUGCCUCUCACGACCCACAGCUGCUGCGGGGAAGUACCCAAGAAAAGCCAGGAAAAGCAGUCCAAAAUGAGGAUGAGGAUGCUUGGGCACCUGACAGGCCGUGCGUGAGGGGCGCUGUCCCUGCAGAGCCGUCCGCCCUUGCCGUGCCUGCGGCAGAGGGAGCUGCGCCAGCGCUCGACGCCUCCUGCCUGAAGCGGCAGGUGUCGCACGACUUCCUGGAGACCAGGUUCAAGAUCCAGCAGCUGCUGGAGCCUCAGCAGUACAUGGCCUUCUUGCCUCACCACAUCAUCGUGAAGAUCUUCGCCUUGCUCCCCACCAGGAGCCUGGUGGCCCUAAAAUGCACUUGCUACUACUUCAAGUUCAUCAUCGAGUACUACAACAUCAGGCCGGCGGACUCACGCUGGGUCCGCGACCCCCGCUACAGGGAGGACCCCUGCAAGCAGUGCAAGAAGAAGUACGUCAAGGGGGACGUGUCGCUGUGCCGCUGGCACCCCAAGCCCUACUGCCAGGCUCUGCCCUACGGGCCUGGCUACUGGAUGUGCUGCCACCGCUCGCAGAAGGGCAUCCCGGGCUGCAAGCUGGGCCUCCAUGACAAUCACUGGGUUCCCGCCUGCCACACCUUCAACCGUGCCCUCCACAAGAAGAGCAGGGGAGCGGGAGCCGACGCAGAGGAGGAGUAUUAGUGCACAUACACUCUCCUGCUCCGGUGCUGGGGGCCAGGAGGAGCAUUCUCAUGCCUUGUGCUGUUUACAGUGUAUAUAAUUGUCGUGGGUGGUUUGGUUUGGGUUUCUUUUUUGUUUCGUUGUUGUUUUGGUUCGGUUUUUUGUUCGUGGUUUUGUUUGUUCGAUUGAUCCUCCCCUCCCCUGUCCACAGGGCUACGAAACUGCACAUCCUUCAACACGAGAGCCUUUACCUUUUAGAUCCCAAGGUAGCUUUUAGUCCAUCUCUGUGUAAAUAACACUCUAAGAGGAGCCCCCUAACUGUACAUAGAGAGCCUGCAGCUGGCUGAGCAAGGUAAUCCCUACAAUGCAGCUAUGGUAGUGUUGCGGCUAUCGUCGUGAGUGGUUUUUAAGUGUCUUGUUUCAAGAAUCUGUAUAUCCUGUAUAAUAUAUGAAUGUUUCUGAGAAGAAACUCUAAAAGAGGUAAAGGGCAACUUCUUCAAAGACUUAACUGGACAACCCUAAGAUUAAGACUAGAACAGACCCAUUCUAGUUGGUGUGGCAGCAGAUGGAAAAAAAAAAAGGAGAGGAGGGGGGAAAAAAAAAAAGAGAAGAAUAUUAUUGUAUAGUCAGAAUAUGAAAAGCUCCUGUCUACCUUACCUUCCUCUCUGCUUCUUUUCUUCUUUCCUUUUUUUUUUUUUCUUUUCUACUUAAAUAAAAACUGUGCAUUCUAAA